GCCAAAAAAGUGUGAGCACCUCUGAUCUAUCUAUUUAAUUUGAAAAGAAAAAACGGCCAACAAUAUCUGGAAACUCAGUGAGGAGUUUUAGGCUUCAUGAAGUAGCAGGGUGUCACCCCUCCUCCACCGCUCAAUUAAUGGGCCCAUCAGAAUCAGCCAAUCACAGCGCUUUGCCAGAGAGCAGUGAGGGCAAAAGUCCACACCUGCAGGGAGCUGCUUAGUGACAAGAUGGAGCGUUUUCAAAAGGGGAUCAAGAAGUUGCAGACUCACCAUGGAGAGUGUGAAAUAAGGCAUGAAAAGGCACAGUUGGAGGCUGCUAUGGCAGAUCUUGAUCGAACUGAAUGCCAUACAGCAGCUGAAGAAUGCAUCUCAUCAGAUGGAAACAGGCAAGCCUCAAGCUCUGGUGAAAAAAAGAAAAAGGAUGAACUCAAACAUCAUGGUGGCGAUGAUGAUGGCGAUGAUGAUGGAGACGAGCAGGCCUCAAGCUCUGGUGGAAGAAAGAAAAAAGGAGACACCAAAAGGGACACACCGAAACAGAGUGGAGGCGAUGAUGAUAACGUUGACGAUGAUGAUGGAGACGGGCAGGUCUCAAGCUCUGGUGGACAAAAGAAAAAAGGAGACACCAAAAUGGAAGCACCGAAACAUCAUGGUGGCGAUGACGAUGAUGACGAUGAUGAUGGAGACGGGCAGGCCUCAAGCUCUGGUGGACGAAAGAAGAAAGGAGACACCAUAAUGGAAGCACCGAAACAUCGUGGUGGCGAUGAUGAUGACGACGUUGAUGACGAUGAUGAUGGAGACGGGAAGGCCUCAAGCUCUGGUGGACGAAAGAAGAAAGGAGACACCAUAAUGGAAGCACCGAAACACCGUGGUGGCGAUGAUGAUGACGACGUUGAUGACGAUGAUGAUGGAGACGGGCAGGUCUCAAGCUCUGGUGGACAAAAGAAAAAAGGAGACACCAAAAUGGAAGCACCGAAACAUCAUGGUGGCGAUGACGAUGAUGACGAUGAUGAUGGAGACGGGCAGGCCUCAAGCUCUGGUGGACGAAAGAAAAAAGGAGACACCAUAAUGGAAGCACCGAAACAUCAUGGUGGCGAUGACGAUGAUGACGAUGAUGGUGCGUUAAGCUUUGAAAACCUCAGUUAUUAA